AUGGCGACUCUCGCAGAACAUCCCAUGCAAACGGCACCGGCCAAUUACGAUCAGGAUCUCGACUCAUUUAUCAACUUCGACCAACUCACCUACACUACCGACCCCUCCAGAUCAAAGAUCACCAUGACAAGUCAACCGUCGGUCGCAAGCACCGAGUUCAGUGCCAGCGAUGCUCGCAGUGCUAGCUUCGCCUCAAGUGGCCAGUCCCCUCUCGCUUUCCAGGCCCCAAGCCACCAAUACGAUGAGCAUAGACAGCAGACUGGUCUCCCACCCGGUGCUUUGUCCAUGUCCUACAACCAGGUCCCGAUGGGUUUCAACAACAGCCAGGGAUUCCCCGUGAAUGCUGAGGUGUAUGCUGGUCAUCACAUGAAGCGAGAGGAUGCACAAUUCAACUUCAACACCGCACCGGUCCGGAACCCGUCGGAAAUGGAGAUCGAGCCCGAACAAAUGAACGCCUCGCCUUAUUUCUACCCAGCAAACCCAGGAAACAAGAGCCAAUAUGUCGACCCCAACGCUCUGGGAGGCCAUGAGCUGUCCCAGGCUGGUCCGUCCACGCAAGUUGGUCGUAUGUAUCCUGGUAUGCAUCAGCAGCAGGCUGCUAUGGCCAAAGCCCAACAACAGAAGCAGAAUGAGAUGGUCCGCCAUCAGAUACAGCAGCGUCCGGAUCAAGUGUCCGGUGCUGUGCCCCAGACACGCGGUCCCCGCAACCCAGAUCCCGUGGUAGAGGAGCGUAUCUCUCGCCUACUCCAACAGAUGCGACAAAAUGCCAUGGCCAAUGGCGAGGGCUCCCCCAGCCCCUCAAACGGUAUGCCACAAAUGGCCAAGGCCCGCAAGGACGAGGCCGAUAUGGAUGAAGAUGAGCGUCUCCUCGCUAGCGAAGAGGGCAAGAAGCUCAGCAGCAAAGAGCGCCGCCAAUUGCGAAACAAGGUCUCCGCCCGCGCUUUCCGAUCUCGCCGCAAGGAAUACAUCGGUCAGCUCGAAAGCGAGGUGGCUGCCAGAACCAACGAGGCUCACGAGGUCCGUCUCCAGAACCGCGCUCUUUACGAAGAAAAUGCCCGUUUGAACGACUUGGCCCGCAUGCUUCUGGGAUCCCCUCAUUUCUCCAACUUUCUGAAUGACAUGGGUGACAUUAUGCCCGCCCAAUCCCAACAGCAACCUCAGCCUCAAUCUCAGCAACAACAACCCCAGCAGGCCGUACCCCAGCCUAAUAUGCAGGCUAUGCCCAAGGAUCUCAACGCAAACCGUGGCCAGGAGUUCCAGAUGCAGCAGAAUCCCCAACCCAACAUGGUUAUGGUUCCAAACCAGGGCUUGGAUCCCUCCAGCAUGGGCAUGAGCAACACGAGCUGGAACUCGGGAAUUGACAUGAACUAUGGUAACACUUCGGUUUUUGCUGUCAUGGAGGUCCCCGAGGGCCCGGCCCUCGAUGUCGAAGUUCUGUCGGGAAAAUCGGCUGUGUCUUUCAUCCCCGAGAGCUCCAAGAACGAGCCUCCUAUUAUCAACAGUCCCGCCAUUGAUUCAUCGGACUCGUCUGACAUCGGUAUUGCCAACCCUGAUGUCGAGAUUGAUGAAUCUGAUCCUGCCUUUGCUCUCUUUGUUGAUACCCCUACUCCUACUACUCCCCUCACCUUCGAAGGUGUCUCGACCGAGAAGACUGUCCAGUUCGAACUUGUCGUUGACAACUCCGACGUUAGCGCCUCGGCUAAGAGAACCUUCAACGCUCUCUGCCACAGUAUUGAUGCCGCCUUCGAGCGUGUGUCAGCUGUCACAUCCCACCUUCAGUGA